AUGAGCGAUUUAGACAAGGCUAUUGCCCAACUCCGUGAAUGUCGCCCCAUUCCGGAACAUCAAGUACGAGAACUCUGCUACAAAGCGCGCGAGCUCCUCAUCGAAGAAGGAAAUGUUGUAUCCGUUAACGCACCGGUGACCAUCUGCGGCGACAUUCACGGUCAAUUCCAUGACCUGAUGGAACUAUUUCGCGUUGGUGGCGACGUCCCAGAUACGAAUUACCUGUUCAUGGGCGACUUUGUAGAUCGCGGCUUCUACUCACUCGAAACAUUCCUUCUCCUCCUAUGCCUCAAAGUCCGAUAUCCCGAUCGCAUCACACUGAUCCGCGGCAACCAUGAAUCGAGGCAAAUCACGACUGUGUAUGGCUUUUACGAUGAAUGUGUCCGGAAAUAUGGUAGUGCAAAUGUUUGGCGUUAUUGUUGUGAGGUGUUUGAUUAUUUGGCCUUGGGCGCGUUGAUAUUGGGUGCCAGUUCAGAAUUGGAAUCGUCGGUCCCGGUGGUGAAUGACUCCACCCAGUCCACCAUGGGUACAGGAGAUGAAGAGAUCGAGUCUGAAGUACUAAAUGCAAAAGGCGAGGUUACGUAUUCGACAUAUAGACGAAGGGAUGGUAGCGAUGGAGGCUCACACGAUGGCUCACAUGUAAUAAGGGACAUAUCGCCGUCUAUAUACACAUCUUCCUCAGCACCUGUGGCUACUCCAAUGAGAACCGGUCCCGCGGGCACCAGCGCCACUUCAGAUAGCAUGGGUAGUAUUGGGAGUAGCACCGGCGCCGUCUUCUGCGUCCACGGCGGGUUGUCCCCACUGGUAGACAGCAUUGACAGGAUCCGUCUCAUCGACCGAAAACAAGAGGUGCCACACGAGGGUCCCAUGUGCGACCUUCUCUGGUCCGAUCCGGAAGAAAUUGAAGGUUGGGGUCUAUCCCCGCGGGGUGCAGGCUUUCUCUUUGGCUCUGACAUCGUUAAAAACUUCAGCCACAAAAAUGACAUCUCACUCAUCGCACGUGCCCAUCAGCUUGUUAUGGAAGGGUUCAAGGAGAUGUUCGACGGUGGCAUUGUAACUGUCUGGUCUGCGCCGAAUUAUUGUUACAGGUGUGGCAAUGUGGCGGCAAUGUUGGAACUUGGUGAAGAUAUGAGUCAUGGAGGCACAAUUCCGAGGAGUAAUGGCGACUACGGACGGAGCUCUGGUGUUAUAACUGAUUUAAGACACCAACAGCAACAGAGAAGGAUUUUGGGGCCCGGGAGGAGAUAUAGGGUAUUUGAUGCGGCGGCGCAUAAUACAAGGGGUAUGCCGGCAAAAAAACCGGCAGCGGAUUACUUUUUGGUGCGUUAG